AACAAGCUGGUGUUCCUGGUUCUGCGCGAGGAGACGUGCACCGUUCAGGCCGUGCUGGCUCGGAGCGAGACCAUCCCCGUCGAGACCAUUAAACUUGUCGGCCGGGCGGGCCUGGAGUCGCUGGUCGAGGUGGAGGCCGACGUGGUCGCGCCUGGGGCCACGAUCAAGGGGUGCACGCAGAAGGACGUGGAGCUGGCCGUCCGCGGCAUCGCCAUCAUCAGCCGGCCCGUCAAGCAACUACCCUUCAUCAUCGAAGAGGCUUCGUGCCUUCACAACUUCGAUCCACACAGCAAGGACUUGCUGGUGGACAAGAUCGAAGCCAAGAUCGCCGCUGCCCGGGAUGCGCUCGACCAGUCCCUGAAGGCGCAAUCGAGCGACACGAAGGAGAUGGAAGCGAAGCUGGACGAGCUUCGACACGAGCUGCAGCGCUCAUACCGACUCAAGAUCCCGAGUAGUGUGAAGUGGGACAACCGCGUUCUCGACCUCAGACCGGAUGGGCAGACGCCAGCGAACCGCGCCCUGUUCAAGAUCAAUUCAGGCGUGUGUCAGCUCUUCCGCGAAUUCCUGCUCGCCAAGGGGUUCAUCGAGGUCCACACCCCCAGGAUACGUUCCGCGCCUUCGGCUGGACACCCCGAGUUCAAGCUGCGCUACUUUGACGAUGAAGCGUUCCUGGGCCAUUCGUCGCUCCACCUGCAGGGUGCCAUCUGCGCCGACUUUGAGCGCGUGUUCGAGAUCGGCCCGGUGUUUCGUGCGCACGCCGCCACAACGCACCGACACCUUAACGAGUACACCGGCCUCGAGUUCGAGAUGGCCAUCAACGAGCACUACCACGAGGCAGUGGAUGUGGUCGACGAACUGUUCGUGUGGAUAUUUGACGGGCUCAAGUCGCGUCAUGCCGACGACCUGGCCGCUGUGCGGGCGCAGUACCCAACUGCGGAGGAGCUCGUCUAUGCGCGUCCGACGCUGCGGCUCACCUUCCGCGAGGCCAUCGCGCUGCUCAACAACGCGCCGGCCGACGGUGAUCUGACGGACCGCUUUCUCAGGCGGCAUGUGCUAGACGACUUUGACGACCUCGUGACUCACGCGGACGAGCGCCGGCGCCUGAUGCGAGCGGUCAAGCAGCAGUACGGGGUCGACUUCUUCAUCGUGGACAAGAGCCCCUCGAAUUGCACGUCCCGCUUUGUCAUGCCCUGCCCGCACGAGCCGAGAUAUGUCAACGCCUUCAAGGUCUACCUGCGACAUGAGGAAGUGGGUUCGGGAGCACAACGCAUUCACGAUGCGCGCAUGCUCGAACGCGGCACCAACCCUGGCAUCACACAGGCCCUUGCUGAGUUGCUGCAGUACGGAGCGCCGCCUCAUGCGGGAUGCGCCAUCGGACUCGAGCGGCUGCUGAUGGCGUACUUCAACCUCUUCAACCUGAGCGGAUGA